AGUUUUUCUGCCUGCAAGGUGACGAGAAACAAGGUACAAUGGGUGUCCAAAUUUCAUGAAAAAUGAAAAACCUGGUCUAUGAGAGGUUCUAGUUCAAGAUUUAUCAUUUCUUCCUACUACCAAGAAAAUAAACGGAUGGAACUGAGAGCACUGGUGGGCUAAGUUCACUUUCCCAUUGAUUGCAUCCUCACGAGGAAUGUGGAAGGAAUUACAAGGAGUGACAGGGCAAUGGCACAACAUAUGGACUGGUGCUGCAGCUACAGCAUCACUGGGAUUUGGAUAUGCACUUUGGAAGGUUAUGUCAAAUGCUAAGACUCACGAAGAUGCACCUCCAUGCACUAGUGGUCCACCAGGUCUCCCAAACCCAGGCAACAAGUGCUUCAUGAAUGCCCUGCUACAAGCUCUGGCACCAUGCGGCACCAUACAUCACUGGCUGAUGUGCCAAGUGAGAAAACAAAAGGAGAGUGAAGAUGAAACUGUGCUGGAAACCCUGUCAGAAGUUUUGGCAUAUUUAAAUGGACAGUCCAGCAAUACAUCUGAACCAGCAUCUAAACUGCUUAAGGCUGUUGAGGAUCAUGGCUGGAUCAUUUCCUCUGAGGAGCAUGACUGUCAUGAAUUACUGCAUGUGCUGCACACCUGUCUUGAAGAGGAGCUUCUGCCUGCCAAGCGGAAGGAUAGCGAGCAAGCAAUCUUUUCAGCUCUGUGCAAUACCAUUGGAGAACCAUUGGUGAGGAAGAGUCACAUCAGGGGGAAUGGAAAGACAGUGGGGAGUGGAAUCCACAGGCGUGUUGGCAUGGCAAGAAGUUUGGGAUCGACUGUGAUGAACUCUAUGCCUGUGCAAGGCCUGCUUGCACGGGAGAUGAUGUGCUGCUCGUGUUUCCAGAAGACCCCUACUCACUUUGACUCUUUCCAGACACUUUCUCUUGUCCUCCCGCAGUCCGGUCAAAGCACAAUGAGACUUGAGGACCUCCUCUCUCUCUAUCUCUCAUCUGAAAUCCUAAUAGAUGUGACGUGUGACCGCUGCUCCACUCGGGCUGGAGACACAGACCCUGUCAAGAGACAGUUCCUUAAGAAACUCAGCAUUGGCAAAUUGCCGCAGUGCCUAUGCCUGCACAUUCAGCGGUCGGUGUGGUGUUCCAGUGGUGCAGCCUGGAAGAGAGAUACGCAGGUCCAGUUCCCACUCCUCUUCUCCAUGGAAAAGUUUCUCCAUCAUCAUCCAUCUUCUUUUCUCAACCCUAUCCAAACUGGUGGAUUGGUUGGUGGGAACCCUCACCUCCGGGUCCCAUUCAUAGGCCAGAAUCUUCUACGGACCUCAUCCUUGAACACUGGCAGUCUCAGCCUGCAUCACCCAGGAAUACAGCAGAGUGGCCGCUCAACUUACAGUCUAAGAUCAGUGAUAGUUCAUCAUGGAAUAUUCAGCUCGGGUCACUUUGUGACUUAUCGUACACACCGAAAUCACGGGCCACAGUGGUUCUUUGUGUCAGAUUCUCACAUCCGUCCAUGUUCUGUUACUGAGGUCCUCAACUCAGUUGCCUACAUGCUCUUUUAUGAACGCAUCUGAUCAUCUUCAUGCUUGUCAUUGUCUGUGAUCCAUUCCUUGGUCCCAAAUGUUCAAUGUGUUCUCUAGAUCUCAUAGAUUUUGCUCAUGGUGCCCAUUGCUUUUAGAUUCCCUAGUGAAGUCAUGUUUAUAACUGUCAUAAUGUCUUGUACUUUGGUUGAUGCAAUUAAAAAUGUGUGCUCUGCCAGGG